AUGCUUAACAAACGAAAUAUUCUAACUAUCCCAGCAAUAGUGGUCAUCUGUGUAUCGAUAGUGUGGACAGAGACUCUUCAACUUAAUGAGGCAGCAGGCACGGAUGAUGAUAAUGUAUUGACGAUAGGCGUCAACGCGACAGGAAAUGAUGACGACAUAUCACCGUCGAUGUCUACCCACGACGGCGAGAGUACUGCAGAUCCAACGUCUUUUACAACAACGGCUACCCUUGAGAGUCCAAUAGGCAGCAAAAACGACGCUUCGCAGCUUGUUAUUACAACAGAAAGCUCAAAUGACAGUCCUUUGCCUGAAACUUCAACAGAUGACCCCCAGCUCACAACUACAACGGACAAUUCAAAAGAUAACUCACGUACAGAUCAUCUGCAUAUAUCUACAACGGACAGUUCCUUGGUUUUAACUACAGAUAAAAAUGACGACGCCAUUUCUGAAAUACAAAAUAAUACGGAUUUUGUGCCACAUUCGACGCAUUUUGUGUCUACCGUUGACGACGAUGCGUUCGUGACGAAAACAGAUAUGUCUACUGCAUCUUCAACACUGAGCUUCUCAUCAAGCACUGCGUCGUCCAAACCAACGACACUUCCUCAGUCUUCCAUCAUCAUCCCAUCCUCCACCUCUCCAACAUUUAUCCUAAGUUCUUCUUCUUCUUCCUCUCCCGUGACGGACGCAAUAGAAAUCUGCGAGUUCUGCAACUCUAACGGCGCAUGCGCCCGGAAUCAAUCAGAAUGCCUUUGUCUUCCCGGAUUCUUUGGUGACAGGUGCGAGUUUGUGGACAACUGUGUAGUCGGCCCGUGCCCUGUAGGGAUGGAGUGCAUUCCGUUACCAAACCAGGAAUACGAAUGUCAAGACGGUAAUUCUAGUACCUCCGUGGAACCUUCCUGUCCAUUCUGUAACAGAAAUGGGGACUGCAUCCAAGCAAACGAUACAGAUGUGUUUUGUGACUGCUAUCCCCCUUAUCAAGGACCCAGCUGUUGGGAGGUAGAGGAUUAUUGCCAGCUAGGGAUGUGUAGUACCAGGGACAGCUACUGUAAUCCCACUAAAACAGACAGGGGCUUCCUCUGCAGGCACAUGUUUACAUCAGUGAUCACUCUUCGGUACAGUGUGUCAUGUGACUACUGCUCAGGAAUCGGAGAUUGCAUUAUAUCAAACAACACAACAAGAUGCAAAUGUCCCUACCCAUACUUUGGGCUGAGAUGUGAGAAGAGAGACCCAUGUCUGGCUGACCCAUGUGAUACGAAUGAGUUUUGUAUCAGACUGGAGAAUUCCACCAGAAUAUGUCUGUCAGCCACUGCCAAGAAUUGUUCCUUUUGCAACUUUCAUGGAGACUGUUUCAAUGAUUCAAACUAUCAAACCCAAAGUUGUCGCUGUAUUCAUCCAUAUCAUGGUGAGCGAUGUGAAAGGUAUGUAGGCUGUGAGAAGAGGUGUGGAUUAGGCAGUACCUGUGUGCAGAUAGAACCCAGUCAAACACUCUGUGCUACGGAUGGGCAGGUAUUUCAGAACUGCAGCUGGGCUUGUGACAAAAGCUGUGAGUUUAAUCAGAUGCAGUUUCAGUGUCUCUGUCCUCCAGGAUACAGACCAGAGGGCAGGAAAUGUGAGGAUGUGAAUGAGUGUCUGGACGGACAUCACAACUGUUCUCAGUCUCUUUGUCAGAAUCUCCCAGGAGGAUACCAUUGUGAGUGUCCAAAGGGAUAUGCAGAAAGAAAUGGCAGCUGUGUGUGUCCAGCAGGAUUUGUGGAAAGAAAUAGCAGCUGUGUUUGUCCAGCAGGAUUUGUGGAUAGAUAUGGUAGCUGUGUGUGUCCAGCAGGAUUUGUGGAAAGAAAUAGCAUCUGUGUUUGUCCAGCAGGAUUUGUGGAAAGAAAUGGUAGCUGUGAGUGUCCAGCAGGAUUUGUGGAAAGAAAUAGAAGCUGUGUUUGUCCAGCAGGAUUUGUGGAAAGAAAUGGUAGAUGUGAGUGUCCAGCAGGAUUUGUGGAUAGAAGUGGCAUCUGUGUGUGUCCAGCAGGAUUUGUGGAAAGAAAUAGCAGCUGUGUUUGUCCAGCAGGAUUUGUGGAAAGAAAUAGCAGCUGUGUUUGUCCAGCAGGAUUUGUGGAUAGAAAUGGCAGCUGUGAGUGUCCAGCAGGAUUUGUGGAUAGAUAUGGUAGCUGUGUUUGUCCAGCAGGAUUUGUGGAAAGAAAUGGCAGCUGUGAGUGCCCAGCAGGAUUUGUGGAUAGAUAUGGUAGCUGUGUGUGUCCAGCAGGAUUUGUGAAUAAGAAUGGAAGCUGUGCAGAAGUUGAUUUUUGUGAGGUCGAAAAACCAUGUAGUCAGAAUUGUACCAUGAUAGAUGGAAGCUAUGUCUGUAGUUGUUGGAAGGGGUAUGUACUGUCGGAUGAUAGAACGACUUGCAAAGAUGUCAAUGAAUGUGACCAGGGUACACUGCAUGGCUGUUCACAAAAAUGUAUCAAUACACCUGGUAGUUUUGUUUGUGACUGCAAACCUGGAUUCCAGCUUGAUCAGGGUGGUUAUUUCUGUGCAGAUAUUGAUGAAUGUUCUUAUCCAGACUUAAAUUACUGUACUCAAAGAUGUGUAAAUACACCUGGUAAUUUUACCUGUAAAUGUCACAGUGGAUUUCAGCUCAGCCAGAAUGGCUUUUCCUGUCUAGAUAUAGAUGAAUGUUCUACAACGUCUUUGCAUAACUGCACUCAGAAAUGUCUUAAUUCAAUUGGAAAUUACACAUGUAAUUGUGAAGCAGGAUAUCAACUUGGCAAAGAUAGCUUCACUUGUCUGGAUAUUGAUGAAUGUUCUACCCCAGCUCUGCACAACUGCACCCAGAAAUGUGUGAAUAAAGAGGGAAGUUAUUUCUGUGACUGUGACUCUGGUUAUACACUGGGAUCAGACAACAGAACUUGUCAGGACUUCAAUGAAUGUCAAGGUUUUUCCUCUCACAACUGUUCUCAAAAAUGUGUGAACCAAGAUGGAAAAUACAGUUGUGAGUGUUUUCAAGGAUAUCAAUUGGAUUCCAAUGGCUACAGUUGUUUGGAUGUUAAUGAAUGUGAAAAUGGUCUCCAUAACUGUUCACAGGGAUGUGUGAACAAAGAUGGAAGUUUUUACUGUGAAUGUUACCCAGGGUAUUCUCUAUCAAGUGAUAAAGUUAAUUGUUUGGAUGCUGAUGAAUGCAAGGACAGUGCCACUCACAAUUGCUCACAGCUUUGUUUGAAUACAGUUGGAUCAUACCAUUGUGAAUGUACUAGUGGUUUCUUUCUCUCUGAAGACAAUUCCACAUGUGAAGAUGUGAAUGAAUGUAAGCAAAAGGAGCUGAACAAUUGUUCUCAACUCUGUAUAAACAGACAUAGUGGAUAUGAUUGCUCAUGUACUGAGGGAUACACAUUAGGAAAUGAUAAUAGAACAUGUGAAGAUAUCAAUGAAUGUGACAGUAAUUUGUUGAACAACUGUUCCCAAAAAUGUCUGAAUGCAGUUGGAAACUAUACCUGUGAUUGUGAAGCAGGAUAUCAACUUGACAAAGAUGGCUUUUCUUGUCUGGAUGUAGAUGAAUGUUCUACCCCAGCUCUGCACAACUGCACCCAGAAAUGUGUGAAUAAAGAGGGAAGUUAUUUCUGUGAAUGUGACUCUGGUUAUACAUUGGGAUCAGACAACAGAACUUGUCAGGACUUCAAUGAAUGUCAAGGUUUUUCCUCUCACAACUGUUCUCAAAAAUGUGUGAACCAAGAUGGAAGAUACAGUUGUGAGUGUUUUCAUGGAUACCAAUUGGAUUCCAAUGGCUACAAUUGUUUGGAUGUUAAUGAAUGUGAAAAUGGUCUCCAUAACUGUUCACAGGGAUGUGUGAACAAAGAUGGAAGUUUUUACUGUGAAUGUUACCCAGGGUAUUCUCUAUCAAGUGAUGAAGUUAAUUGUUUGGAUGUUGAUGAAUGCAAGGACAGUGCCACUCACAAUUGCUCACAGCUUUGUUUGAAUACAGUUGGAUCAUACCAUUGUGAAUGUACUAGUGGUUUCUUUCUCUCUGAAGACAAUUCCACAUGUGAAGAUGUGAAUGAAUGUAAGCAAAAGGAGCUGAACAAUUGUUCUCAACUCUGUAUAAACAGACAUAGUGGAUAUGAUUGCUCAUGUACUGAGGGAUACACAUUAGGAAAUGAUAAUAGAACAUGUGAAGAUAUCAAUGAAUGUGACAGUAAUUUGUUGAACAAUUGUUCUCAAAAAUGUCUGAAUGCAGUUGGAAACUAUACCUGUGAUUGUGAAGCAGGAUAUCAACUUGACAAAGAUGGCUUUUCUUGUCUGGAUGUAGAUGAAUGUUCUACCCCAGCUCUGCACAACUGCACCCAGAAAUGUGUGAAUAAAGAGGGAAGUUAUUUCUGUGACUGUGACUCUGGUUAUACACUGGGAUCAGACAACAGAACUUGUCAGGACUUCAAUGAAUGUCAAGGAUUCUCCUCUCACAACUGUUCUCAAAAAUGUGUGAACCAAGAUGGAAGAUACAGUUGUGAGUGUUUUCACGGAUACCAAUUGGAUUCUAAUGGCUACAAUUGUUUGGAUGUUAAUGAAUGUGAAAAUGGUCUCCAUAACUGUUCACAGGGAUGUGUGAACAAAGAUGGAAGUUUUUAUUGUGAAUGUUACCCAGGGUAUUCUCUAUCUACUGAUGGAGUUACUUGUUUGGAUGUUGAUGAAUGUUCUGAGAGAACAAAUAACUGUUCAGAUUUGUGUACAAAUACAGCAGGGUCCUUUACCUGUCUUUGUUCUGAUGGUUUCUACAUAGACAAGGACAAUAUUACAUGCAAAGAUGUAAAUGAAUGUAAUAGCAAAGACUUUAACAACUGUUCUCAAAUUUGUGAAAACAUUCCUGGAAGUUUCCUUUGCUCUUGUUUUGAAGGAUACACAAUGUCAACUGACAAUAAAACUUGUUCUGAUAUUGAUGAAUGUUUGGAUGAUACAUUAAAUAAUUGCUCACAGAAAUGUCUGAAUACACUAGGAAACUAUACCUGUGAUUGUGAAACAGGAUAUCAACUUGGCAAAGAUGGCUUCUCUUGUCUGGAUAUAGAUGAAUGUUCUAACCCAGCUCUGCACAACUGCACCCAGAAAUGUGUGAAUAAAGAGGGAAGUUAUUUCUGUGACUGUGACUCUGGUUAUACACUGGGAUCAGACAACAGAACUUGUCAGGACUUCAAUGAAUGUCAAGGAUUCUCCUCUCAUAACUGUUCUCAAAAAUGUGUGAACCAAGAUGGAAAAUACAGUUGUGAGUGUUUUCAUGGAUACCAAUUGGAUUCCAAUGGCUACAAUUGUUUGGAUGUUAAUGAAUGUGAAAAUGGUCUCCAUAACUGUUCACAGGGAUGUGUGAACAAAGAUGGAAGUUUUUACUGUGAAUGUUACCCAGGGUAUUCUCUAUCAAGUGAUGAAGUUAAUUGUUUGGAUGUUGAUGAAUGCAAGGACAGUGCAACUCACAAUUGCUCACAGCUUUGUUUGAAUACAGUUGGAUCAUACCAUUGUGAAUGUACUAGUGGUUUCUUUCUCUCUGAAGACAAUUCCACAUGUGAAGAUGUGAAUGAAUGUAAGCAAAAGGAGCUGAACAAUUGUUCUCAACUCUGUAUAAACAGACAUAGUGGAUAUGAUUGCUCAUGUACUGAGGGAUACACAUUAGGAAAUGAUAAUAGAACAUGUGAAGAUAUCAAUGAAUGUGACAGUAAUUUGUUGAACAAUUGUUCUCAAAAAUGUCUGAAUGCAGUUGGAAACUAUACCUGUGAUUGUGAAGCAGGAUAUCAACUUGACAGAGAUGGCUUUUCUUGUCUGGAUGUAGAUGAAUGUUCUACCCCAGCUCUGCACAACUGCACCCAGAAAUGUGUGAAUAAAGAGGGAAGUUAUUUCUGUGACUGUGACUCUGGUUAUACAUUGGGAUCAGACAACAGAACUUGUCAGGACUUCAAUGAAUGUCAAGGAUUCUCCUCUCACAACUGUUCUCAAAAAUGUGUGAACCAAGAUGGAAGAUACAGUUGUGAGUGUUUUCAUGGAUACCAAUUGGAUUCUAAUGGCUACAAUUGUUUGGAUGUAAAUGAAUGUGAAAAUGGUCUCCAUAACUGUUCACAGGUAUGUGUGAACAAAGAUGGAAGCUUUUAUUGUGAAUGUUUCCCUGGGUACUCAUUAUCUACUGAUGGAGUCACUUGUUUGGAUGUUGAUGAAUGUAAUGCCAAAAAUGUUCAUAAUUGUUCACAAAUCUGUGAGAAUUCUAAAGGAUCUUAUAUUUGUCAAUGUCGUAAGGGAUUCUUUUUGACAGCUGAUAAUGUCACAUGUGAAGAUGUGAAUGAAUGUGAUCAAAAUGAAACCAAUGGUUGUUCACAGAUAUGUGAGAAUAGUGAUGGAGGGUUCUCUUGUUCCUGCAGAGAUGGAUUCACUCUUAUGAAGGAUGGGAAGACUUGUGUUGAUAUUGAUGAGUGUACCAGCAGAAAUUCCAAUGGCUGUGAUCAGAACUGUACCAACACUGUAGGAGGCUACACAUGUAGCUGCCUUCCUGGUUAUCGUCUGACCUCAGACAAUGUCACAUGUAUGGACAUUGAUGAGUGUGACACAAAUGAACUGAAUUCCUGUGAGUACCAGUGCAAUAAUUCUAUAGGAAGUUACAGCUGUGCCUGCCCCUCUGGAUUUCUGCUGAAGGAUGACAUGAGAGGUUGCCAGGAUAUAGAUGAAUGUAAAGGCUUGCAUAGCUGCUCACAGGGCUGUGUUAACAACAUGGGCUCUUAUUCGUGUGUUUGUGACCAGGGCUUCAUUCUGGAACCAGACAACAGAACCUGUGUAGAUUUUAAUGAAUGUACCAACCAGACCAAGAACAUUUGUGACCAGGAUUGUGAGAACACCAGAGGGAGCUUUGAGUGUAGUUGUAGAGCUGGCUACUGGCUAGGUCCUGAUAAGAAAUCUUGUCUGGACAUCAAUGAAUGUGCAGAUAAAUUCAGGAACAACUGCAGCCAGUUAUGUGUGAAUUCAGAUGGCAACUUCUCCUGUUCCUGCCAGAGUGGUUUCAGUCUUCUGGAGGAUGGUGUGUCCUGUGUGGAUGUAGAUGAAUGUCUGGAUAAAAAGCUCUGUAAUGGUUCCUGUGUCAAUACAGAAGGGGCAUACAUCUGUAACUGUCCAAAUGGCUAUGAAGAGAGAGAUGGGCUAUGUAAAGAUAUUGAUGAGUGUGCAGAUCCUAAGUCAAACAACUGUGUUCAGAGUUGUAGUAACACUGUAGGGGGAUACCAGUGCCAAUGCUGGGAGGGCUAUAAAGAGAAAAAUGGACAGUGUAGGCUUACAUACACUACAGAUCUGGAAACCAAGUUCACAACCUUUGUGGUGUCAAUAAAGAUCAGAUCACAAGAAUGGCAAGAGAAUCUGUUAAACCCUAGCUCUGAUAUUUAUAGACAGGUGGCAGCACAGGUCACAGGAAAUGUAUCCCAGGAAUUAACUUCAGCAGGAAUUCAGUUUAGAGAAAUCCAGGUGGUGGGAUUCAGAGCAGAGAAUUCUGAAGACAGGAAGGGGAGUAUUAUAGCAGACAUACUGGUACUGCAGAAUGUCAAGGUCAAAUCCUUACCAGCAAUGGAGAUCCUAGAAAAAGCUGUACAAAGUGGGAAUCUGGGAGGACUCCUUGUGGAGCCCUCAUUCUUUAUCACCAAAGAUGGAGUGGGCUACAUCAAGGGAAUCAAAAUGUACAAACCAGACAACUACAUGAUCCUGGGGAACCAUGUGACAGUUUCCUGUCUGGUGUCUGCUGUAUCCAUGGAUGGAGCUCUACAGAUACGCUGGAGAAUUAACGGUAGACUCGUGAAGCCGCUGGCCAGUUCCCGAAUUCAGACAACACAGAUCAACAGAGACAGUUAUGACCCCACUCUGUACACCAGUAACCUGAUCAUUAAUGGAAUAAAAAAGGUGGACACAGAGGGAAAAGUUGAAUGUGUUGCAGUUGUCGGUAAGGUCUCACUAAGUAACGACACCACGUUAAAUAUUUACACUGUGAAUAUGACGGCGCCACAGUCCGCGGUGCUGAGAGGGAGCCUUGCCCACAUCACAUGUACAAUCACCCCCACCCCUCCUGCCAAUGACGUCCUGACCCUCGUGUGGUGUCAGAAUGGGGGGACAUUAUCCUCCUCCACACAUAAUGAGUACCAGAUCUCAGCAGAUUCUCCCUACUCAGAGACCAUAAAUAUUGUGUCAGCUCAGCAUUCCGAGACUUACAGCUGUGGUGUGAGAUACGCAAAGUCUGAGGACAGGACGUGCUCUCAAACUGUUCAGCUCAAUGUGUAUAACUCAGCUAAUUUGAUGUGUCCUCAGGAGGAGUUAGAUGGAAUAGUAUGGGAAGCAGUUUAUGCUACGUUGUCUGACUACAAGCCCUGCCCUGAAGGAUACAUAGGUAUGAUGGAGCGACGGUGUGGAGCUGAUGGACAGUGGGAGGAUCCGGAUGUUUCCAUGUGUAUAAAGAGCAGUCUAGUCAGCAUCUUUGUGGAGGUGACCCAGGUAAGGGACGGUUAUGACACAAACAACAUCACUGGUGUCCUGAAGGACUUCUCCGAGGAAACUGCCAGGAUCACCAGUGAUAAGAACAUAACGUCAGGUGACCUAUCUACCAGUGUUGACAUUAUCACCAAGGUAGCUGCAAUCUCCGCGGGCAGGGAUGACCUAGUUACUGAGUCAGAUACACAGGAAUUCCUGCUCUCUGUAAAUAAUGUUCUCAAGGAAGACAUCAAGCCUGUAUGGGACAAUUUACAAAUCAAGAGAGGUACAAACAAAGCUGCAGAACUAAUGGAUGCAGUGCAUGAGUUUGGAAACAGCAUUACAAAGAGACUCCCCCGGGGAGAGACAAAAACUCUAGCCCAGCAGAACAUAGUUGUUGAGUAUAAAAAGUCAGCAGUAGAAGAUAUUACUUUCCCUGCAUCCAAACUCAACCCCAACACAGAGUUUAAGGGAAUUAUAGAGCUGAAGGAAGGUACACUGAGGAAAAUUGUGUCAGAAAAUGACACAGUUGACUAUGCAGCAACAUAUUACAAAACAUUAUCAGAUCUGUUCCCAAAGAAAGCCUCUCAAAACAGCAACUUGAUCAAUACAGACAUCAUUGCAUUUUCCCUUGCCACUGGAGAAACAGAGAAGUUAGAUCCACCUCUAAAACUUGAGUUUUUACUACAAAAGGAUAUUGGAGAUGAAAAUGCAAUAUGCAGUUACUGGGAUUUUAACCAAAGUGCAUGGUCAGAUCGAGGCUGUUAUACCGUUUUUAAGAACGCUACCUGGGUCACAUGUCACUGUAAUCACAUGACCAACUUUGCCGUUCUGAUGAGUUCGGUAGAAGUGGCUCAGUCUGAGAAUUACAUCCUUGGGUUAAUCUCCAUCAUUGGUUGUACAAUCUCCAUUGCUGGACUCCUGGCUACAGCAGUUUGUCAUCUCAUGUUUUGGAGGUAUGUCAAAUCAGACAAAAGCAAGAUUUUGCUGAAUCUCUGCUUGGCCCUGACAAUAGCACUGACCAUUUUCAUCCUGGGUGUGGAACAGACACAACACAAGAUCUUGUGUACAGCUAUAGCUGUCCUUCUUCAGUAUUUUUUUCUGGUGGCAUUCUUCCUAAUGUUAGCAGAAGGAAUCACCAUAGCUGUGUCUGUUAUUCUAGUUUUCUGGAGCAAUUCCAAGGUCAAGGUUCUACUGCCUCUAGCGUGGGGGAUACCAUUGGUAAUUGUUGGCAUAUCAAUGGGGGCCACUGAACUACAGGGAUAUGGGAAUGACAAAUUCUGCUGGCUGACCAUUGAGGAAGGAGUUAUUUAUGCUUUUGUGAUCCCAGCUUCUCUUAUCAUUGUGGUAAAUUUGAUAAUAACAGCUAUAGUACUAAGAGCACUGUUUUCUACCAGGGCUGUCAUGAGUAAAUCACAUCAGGACAAAGUCAGGGCCGGUGUGCGCAGUGUAGCCGUCCUCGCCCCUAUUCUGGGGAUCUCAUGGAUUUUUGGAGUUCUGUCUGUGAACUCUAGUACUGUCAUAUUUCAGUACCUUUUCACAAUAUUUAACUCUUUACAGGGUUUCUUUAUAUUUUUGUUCCACUGUGUGCUGAAUAGAUCAAUUUUGGAUGUAAUAAGAAGAAAAUGCCGUUGCCUUCGGAGUUAUGAUGAAUCUUCAACAAAGAACAAAAACAAGAGUGAAACAAGUAAUAAGUUUUCUACAGCAAAUCCAUUGUCAAAUUGCACAAGGUCUUCACAGCUUUCAAAUACUAGUACAGGUUACCCUAAUGGUGAUCACAAGAAUGGCGGUUACUUUACAAAUAAAGCCUACAGCAACGACCAAGACACAGCUUAUACGAAAACGUCAGGUAUUAAUGAGAAGAAUAUAGAACUCUCCAUCAGCCCAGACCUUGGUGAAAAGAGACAAAAUAGUCCCACAGGAAGUGUUAAAAGUGACCUACUCUUUGUCCAGUGGGCAGAUGAACAUAAACGGUCUAUAGCAUUUAACCCUUCCCCUGUAGGAAGCAUCAAAUCAUCUAAAGCUCCAUAUUCUGCACCAUUUAAAUAACGCUGCAGUGGACGGAGCAACCACAGAGUCUACAGCUCAUAAUGAGAAAGCACCACCUGAAUCAACAAAAGUUUGAAUGCUAGGACGUAUGCUCAGGAAAAUGGAUCUAAGGUCCAAAAAUUGGUUGGUAUCUAAAAUAGCAUCAUACCAUUAGUGUUUAAUGCUGUUCCCAAACAAUCAACAAUUCAUCAAAGAAGUUCAAUAAGGGAUUUUGGCAAUGUAUCCAGUGCACAGGUACAAGUAUGGCAGAUUGCACAUUUUUCAUUGUUAGUUUGUUUAAAACCCCAAUUACAUAGCCAUGGCAUUUCUAUGUAUUGCUGCAUAAAAUGUAAUU